AUGACCCCCUCCUGCGCCACACAUCGUCGUCGGAGCCCGUGCGCGGACGCUCCACGGAGGUGUCGCGGCAAUGCAGCCGCCGGGAUCGUCGCCGCCACGCCCACGGCCACCGCAAGGGCGCUCGCCGCCGGCCUCUGGAGGCUGCGCCACGCCGAGCGGCAGGCGGCCAGCGCAGACGCUCGGCGGCGACACCAUGCUCCGAUCGAUGCCUGCGCGGUGGAAAUGCCAUAUGGUUGCUCCAUGGAGAAGGCAACGAAAUGGGACCAGCACGUAUGUCUGCACAACACCUUGGGCUCACAUGUCUACCAUCACGCCCGUGCAACGCCGGUUCACGCCCACGCGACGUCGACGGCGGUGGUGGCGCUGGAGGCCGAGCUCGAGAAGGCCCGUGCUCAGAUCGCCGAUCUGGAGGACGAGAAGCGCGUGAUGAGGAAGAAGGUGGAACGGUUCCUGAAGAAGCUGGCGGAGGAGAAGGCGUCGUGGAAGAGCAGGGCGCGGGACGCGAUCGCGGCGCUGAAGGAGGACGCCAAGGCGGAGAGGAACCACCGGCGGCAGCUGGAGGCGGCAAACGGGAAGCUGAUGAAGGAGGUGGCGGAGGCGAAGGCGUCGGCGAAGCAGGCGUCGCAGAGCUACGAGAUGGAGCGGAAGGCGCGGGAGAUGAUGGAGGACGCGUGCGAGGAGCUGACCAAGGAGGUGGAGGAGGACCAGGCGGAGGUGGAGCUGCUCCGGCGCGAGUGCCUGGGCAUGCGGGAGGAGAUGGAGGAGGAGCGGCGGAUGCUGCAGAUGGCGGAGGUGUGGCGCGAGGAGCGGGUCCAGAUGAAGCUCUCCGACGCCAAGGUGGCGCUCGAGCAGAAGUACUCCCAGCUCAACAGGCUGCAGGCCGAGAUGGAGUCGUUCCUGCGGAGAGACGGCAAGAGCGCCGACGCCAGCAGCGGCUCCGCUGCGCUGCGGGAGGCGCGGAUGAUCAGCGAGGCGGCGAGCUCCGUCCGGCUCCGCGGCGUCAAGGAGCUGAACCAUCAGAAUUCUCAUGCCCCGGAGGACGUGGAUCGAGUGUUCCAGCACUUUUGCCGGAAAGAUGAGAACCACGGCGCCGCCAAUGGUGGCAGCCCGGCGAGCCCUGCUGCGUCCAACGUUCACUCCGUCAGCCCGGCGACAGACAUCUUCUUGGAGAAACUCGACGGCGACGGCGACGGCUCACUCAGCUGGGGCACUCCCGGUCGUGACCGGCGACGCGAUUCUUCUUCUUCGGCUGGAACCAGCACCGACCGUUCGGUGGCGCGAGCAGGCAAGAAUGCGCCAGCUCUGUCUAAUGGCAGUGGAAGCCGAGGCGGCAGCGGGCUCACCGAUCCUCCAGGCGUGAGCAGGAUCGGCGCUACUGGCAAAAAUACGGCAUUGAUAAGGCGGCUCUGGAGGUCAGCGAUCAGUGAAAGCAGGAAGCUGAAAACAGCAGGAUCUGCAUCCGUAGGGACGACGACGACGACGACGACACAGACGCCGUCUUCGGAACAGAGGUCCACCGUGAUCACCCCGACAUUGCCGGUUGGGGAGCAGUGCAGUUCAUCCUACUCCGUGAAACCAGGGAGGAUCCGUGAAGCGAAAGGAUUGGCGCGAGGAGGAGGCUCGGACAAGCGAAAGCAAAGCCUUCAGGAGAAGCUUAUGGAGGCUAGAAUGGACGAUCACAGCAAGCCAUUGCCUGCUCUGCAGCCAAGCAGAAGAAUCCGUGCAGCUAGCGGCGUGCAAAUGACUACUAAUUGAGAUCGAUUAUCUAUACGGAUCAUUCAAAAUCUCGAGAUAUAUAUACAUGGUUGUGACUCGCAACCUCACCGUGCACAAUAUUUCGAUUAGUAUCUGCACAUGGUAGAUGUAUACAGAUAUACGUAUCAAAACAUUCUUCAUCCUGGUUUGUGCGUUUCAGUCUCCUCCGGUCAUGUGUACAUACAUUAUUUAUACAGAAGAUAUGCUAACUGUGGUCGUAGUUCUAUCUAACUGAGGCUUAUUCGUCCUUCAUAUGUGAGGCAAAGGCAGAGUGCCUGAGUUAACAUUGUGAUGUAACUGAAUUUUCUGCGUAUCCUGUAGUCUUCAGACGAAAGGAAAACAUUG